CUUCGGGUCGGCUCGUGUUCUUUCGGGAGUCUCCGGUGCAUAUCUGCCUUGACACUUGAUGAAGGAAAACACUCGCGGCCUUCUUCUUUUCGGUUUAACUCGUCUGAUUCUUUGACGUUUUAGUUAAGGUCGGAGAAAAUAUUGUUGAUCGUAUUGAUUAACGUUAAUAGUUUCCAUUUUGUGGUUAUUCUCCGGCUCGUACCGGGAUCGGCUGCGCUCGGACCCGGAUCUGCCCCUGCAUUUCGGUCACAUUCGGCUCGACGGAAAAAUGGACGAAGCGGACUCAGCCACGAAGGCACUCGGGUUGGAUGAACCGCCCAUCGGCGGGCCGCAGGUGGAGGGAGUGGGCUCGGAUACCGAGUCUGAGGCCGAAGUUACCACGAUGACAGUGAUGGCGGAACCGGGAAACAUCGACAUGGGAGCCGAGUCACUGCCGAACUCAGACGAGGCCGACACGGCUUUCGCAGAUGUGACCGCAGUGACAGUCGGGGACGUUCAGGCCGCAGAGGACAACGUUUUCACCACAACCGUUGCCACAUCAGGAAGCCUCUCUGAACACAUGCUGAGUGGGAGGACCACCCUUCAGCUGAGUGAAGGUCUUAGUACCCAGAAGGCCACUCUGAUUGUGGUUCACACUGAUGGCAGCAUUGUGGAGGCUACUGGACUCAAGUCUGCUGCCACCAUUGCACCAGGCCCACAGACUCCACCCACCCCACUUACUCCGCCCCAGGACAAAGACUCCUGCUCCAAGUACAACUGGGACCCCUCGGUUUACAACAACGAGCUACCGGUCCGCUGCAGGAACACCAGUGGAGUCCUCUUUAAGAACCGUCUGGGAUCAGGGGGCAAAGGUCGCUGCAUCAAACACAACCAGCAGUGGUUCACUCCCACAGAGUUUGAAGGUCUGGCGGGAAGAGCGAGCAGCAAGGACUGGAAGAGGAGCAUCAGAUAUGCUGGCAGACCUCUGCUCUGCCUCAUACAGGAGCGUAUCCUGAACCCCCAUGCUGCCUCCUGUACGUGUGCAGCCUGCUGUGACGACCUGUCAGCGGUGAGUGAGAAGGACUUCACCUGGUGCUGGAGAACCAGGGAAGAAGCUCAACAAUGUCCAAAGGAAGCAGACUCUCUGGUGGCAGAAAACAUCAAUAUGACCGGUCCAGUCCGCCUCUUCGUCCCCUAUAAGAGACGGAAGAAGGACCCGGAGCCUUCUGUCGUCUCCCCCAAAAAGGAACUUGCUGCCACCAAAAGCAUCACGCUGACCCCAGGGACCACAUUCACCGUGUCCCCAGCAGGACAGUUCACCACCUCCGGCACCUUGACCUUUGACCGCGCUCCAACAAAUGACUCCACCGCCGCCGCUGCCAUCAUCUCAGAGGGCUCGGCACAGAGCGAGGUGUUUGCCAGCACAGCAGUGCUCACAGCGCUGCCGGCGUUGGCUGUAACUCCUCAGCCGGUUCAGGCCAAGAUGGCGGUGACAGCUGUGGCGUCUCCAUCAGUGGGGCUGGUGAGCGGGCUGGAGGUGGGACCUGUAGGGGGGUCAGGGCUGGUGGUGAGCGAGGGGCAGAAGAACGCCUGGCUGUACCUGGAGGAGAUGGCCAACACACUGCUGAGCAACGUCCAGCAGCUGAAGGUGCUGAUCGAACAGGCCAAAAACUCUGCAGGGAACACUUCAGGGGUCAAAGGUCAGGGCGGCAGGAAGGAGUGCAGUCUCAGUCAGACGUUCCAGAACCAGAUCACGUUUCAGCAGUCGGAUGACUCCGAGGCCAAGAGAACCUCUGACAUUACUGAGAUCAUCAUCAACCAGAUAUGUGUCAACUGCGGUCGGGUGGCGAUGAAUGAGUGUACAGGCUGCCACAAAGUCAACUACUGCUCCACAUUCUGCCAGAGGAAGGACUGGAAGGAUCAUCAGCACACCUGCUGUCAGUCAACAGGGGGCGUGGGCCUCCAGGAGGAUGAGCCAAUCACAGCCAUCGACAUAGACAAGACCAUUGGAAGAACGUCUGGUGUCCUGAGAGCUGAACGUGAUAUGUGAACCAUGACUUUUAUUAGUAGAGAGAAAUCAGUUUCUCCUAUUCACUUCAGUACAAUCAUAGGUUUUUCACAGCAACAUCUAGUGGACAGCAGCGGAACUGCAUCUCAUCACACCUAUUCUGAUCAGAGAUCAUGAAACAAACUGAACACACACUGAACUAUACAUGAAGAUGAUGUGGACACAAUAAAACAUCAAAAAUUUACUGUGUUAACAUCAGAUUGUAAAAAGGUUCACAGCUGCCACUAUUUAUUUAUUU